AUGUCUGAUAAAAUCACAGCAGAAAAUCUCCUCCACAACCUUGUGGAUACAUUAUCGGACAGGCCAAAGAAAGUAUCAUUCUUCGAGGAAGAUAAAUCAAAAUCAGUGAGCUCCGAGAUCAACAGACUGUUUGGACGCGACAAACCUGUACACCAUCUUUUAGGAGGUGGAAAAUCUGCGGAUGUUAUGUUAUGGAGGAACAAGAAGAUUUCUGCUAGUUUUUUAACUGGUGCGACAAUUGUUUGGGUGCUAUUUGAAUGGCUCAAUUAUAAUUUUAUUUCUCUUCUAUGCUUUGCCUUGGUUCUUGGCAUGCUUGCGCAGUUUCUAUGGUCAAAUGCUUCUGGUUUGUUUAACAGUACACCAUCUCAAGUGCCCCGUGUUGUUGUCCCAGAAGAGUUAUUUGUGAAUAUUGCAACUGUAAUCGGGAAUGAGGUUAACCGUGGAUUGAGGUUUCUUCAAGAUAUUUCUUGUGAAGGAAACUUGAAGCUUUUUCUCAUUGCUGUAGCAAGUUUGUGGGCUGGUUCGGUGAUCGGGAGCUGGUGCAAUUUUCUGACUGUCAUCUAUAUUGGUAUUAUUGCUGCACAUACGCUUCCAGUUCUAUACGAAAAGUAUGAGGACGAAGUUGACGAAUUCGUGUACAAAGUCAUUGGUCAGAUGCAACAUAAUUAUAGAAAGCUGGAUGCUGGUGUGCUCAAAGGAAAGCUCAAAGGAAAGAAGCAUGAUUAG